AUGUCUGCCACUCAAUCGCUUCGGCCCGGCGUCUACGCCCCCAUCCUUACACACUUUCAGACAGAUGGAACUGAACAAAUUUGUUUUGAAUCAUUCAAUUCUAAUAUUGCCCGUCUUGGAAAGGCGGGUGUGGGAAUUCUCAUUGGGGGCACCCUAGGCGAAGGCCCUUUCCUCGAGCGUGAUGAACGAAUCGCCCUCAUCAAAUCGGCCAGAGAAACACUAAAAGGCCUGAAGUUGGAAAGCAUUCCUAUAAUUUCUGGAGUCACCGGCUCAAGCGUUCGGGAAUGUAUUUCCCAAGCCAAAGAUGCUGGCUCGGCAGGCGCCGAUGCAAUCAUUGUAGUGGCUCCGGCAUACUUUUCGUUCGUCUAUGGUAAAAACAAACCAGCUAUCAAGGACUUCUUCACGUCAAUUGCCGAUCAGAGCCCGGUUCCCAUGAUGAUCUAUAAUAUCCCCUUUGCUGCUGGAGGUAUUGACUUAGAUGCUGACUUUCUAGUCGACAUCUCCGAGCAUCAAAACAUCGCAGGAGUAAAGCUCACAUGCUUCAAUAUUGCCAAGGGAUACCGUGUCGCACUCCAUGUCAACUCAGCCGAGUAUAGAGCCCGUCAUCCGCUUCCAUUCCUUGUUUUGCCUGGAUGCACCGACUAUUUGCUCCCUGCCAUCUUGGGAAGACAGCAUGGCUGCAUCGGUGGACCGGCGAAUCUUUAUCCGAAACUAUGCGUCAAGAUAUUUGAGACAGGCAAGAAAGCAAUGGAGACUGGGAACAUGGAAUUGCUUCUAGAAGCCCAGAAACUUCAAGACAUUGUCACCGAGGCCGACUCUGUGAUCAAUAAUUUUGGGUUUGUGAGCAUUAAAACUGCAAUGGGAAUCCAUGUUGACAAGAGUCUCGCCGGCGUAUUUCGCAAACCAUUGUAUAGAUUGGAAGACGAAGGAUCUAUUCAAGAACUGAGAACUGGGUUGGCAAAGGCAUUUGAGGUAGAAAACUCUCUUUAA